AUGCAAGAUUUCACAAGACUUUUUUAUCCUCCUUCACCAUUUGAGGAUGAUUAAAAUUCCCAAAUAAUGCUCAGAAAGAUAGGCUUUUUGAUAGUAGUACUUUUGAGAGACUACUUAACUUUCAAAAAUAAAACUCAAACUGAGUCGCUGAAUCUCACAGAAUCAAUGAUAACUUAUUUCAGAGCAAGUAACUUAUCAAAAGAUUUGAGCAGCUCUUCAGUCUUACAGUAGGAAGGUUUAACACGAGGGAGAACUCUUGGUACGAAUUAGUCUCAGAAUCAGAGAAAAAAGAACAUCCUCGUGAUUAAAAAAGAAUCCAUAAACCGCCAAAAUUCCUUUUCAAAAAGCCCCAAGAACCAGGUACUCUCUGACAAUGCCAUAGAUAACUCCUUUGGAUCUCCCUACUAAUCCCCAAAAAUCAAUGAUCAGCCAUAAUUCAAUUAUAAUCUGCUAAAUACUGAUGUCUCUAGCAGUAACAAGUAACCACUUAGAGAGCUAAGUCAAAGUGAGAGUGGAAUUAUUAAUACAACCUCAAGUUAAAUGAAAAAUUCUGUAAUCAUUAGAAAGACAAUAGGUGAGUUGAAGAGGGCUUAGCUUAACGUGUUUUACUUUGAUAGUAACCUAACUAAAUCUGCAGCAGGAACAGUAAAUAAUGGAAUGUAUUCAGUUGACAAGAAUGGGAAGGUUUCCUCAACUUCACUCUCUGGUAAUAAACAAGAUUAAAAAUAAAAUAACUGUAAUACCUUUUAACAUGUGAAAAAAUUUGAAAUUAAUGGUCGAAAUGCAAUAACCUCAAACUAUUAGCAGUUUAUUUAAAGGACUGAUGUGCAGAUGAGUAAAACAUUUGAUAAGCAUUCAGGUCCACGUAAAAGUUUACCAAACUAUGAGACAGAUAACAUAUUAUUGUAAAAAUUUGAUUAAAAUGUGAACUAAAGAGAAAUUUUAAGAGAAAGAUUGGAGUAAUCUUCAGAAAGUGAAGAUUUUGAACGAUAAUCUUCAAAUGCAAUAAGUGUUGAAAAUUUUAACCUCAAAGGUGGACCCAAGAAAAUUGUAAUCUAAAAAGGACGAGUAAAUUUUCACAAUAAUUAAGAGCUUGACAAUCAUUAGAUUUCAAUUAAUUCCUAAUAAGAGCAGGCGAGUAACGGAUCCCAAAAUAACUAGAUAAAAAAAGUAAGGAAAUCAAUGCUUGCUAUCAAUGAACAAAGAACUGCAGAGAUGGAAAAGCUCAUUGAUAUCCAAUUAUAAAUUGCCACAUUUUCCCAAAGUCCUGAUGGUCUAAGAAGGCAAAAAAGUGACAACCUACUAGGUUUGAGUAACUUUAAAAAUAAUUCUUUGAAUCAUGAACGAAGUCAAAAUCAUUUGUCCUUGCAUACUUCAAACAAACUUGAAGUCCCUAAAGUCCUUAAAGCUAUGCCUAAUGCUGCCUUUGAAGAGCUACUAAGAUCUCCAAGUAGUUUAUACACCUCUACGAUUCGAGAUUCUAUUAAUAAAAAAUCAGAGGUGUCCAGCAGUAAGCCAUCAUAGAGAGAAAUAUAAAUAGCAACCAAUAAAUUAGCGAAAAGUCGUCAAUCAAACAUUUUCCAAAUGAGAAGAUCACAGACAUUUCUAAAAGAAAGAUCCUAAGCUUAGCAAAUUUAACAGUAAAAGCAUGAUGAUUAUGGUUAAUUGCUUCAAACUGAUAAGCUUUAGAGGAACAGCCCUUCUAAAAAGCUAAAUAACAUAAAUAUAGUAAAAUCGUCUAAUGAGGUUUCUAGAGUUUCCUAGUCUCUACUGUUAGAUAAUUUCUACUCCAAGAGCAGAGAAAGGUCAACUUAAGAUAAUAGAAAUCAUGACUCUCUUUCUAAAAGAAACGAAAUCUCUACAAGAUCAAGUGAAUUGAUGAAUAGUGCUAGCACUAGUUUAAAGACUUCCCCUGAUGUAAAUGUACACAGAUAGAACGCAAUAAUUACUUUAAGUAACAAUGAGCAGAUGACUGUGCCAUAGUUUCUUGCUUAUGGACGCAAGAGUACUUUAAGUCAGAGUUUAAAUAGAUUGAUUGAUGAAAAUAGGUGUAACUCUCCAGUAAGGGUGCAAUAAUAUAUGAUUGAUGUUGAGUAAAUGAAGGCUAUAGCUGAGAAACGUAUCAAUAAAGCAAACUCUGUCACUGCUAGAGGAGAAGAUUUGAAUUUAGACAAGGGACCUAUAGAAGUUUAUAGUGCAAAUGAUUAAAAAAAAGAAAGCUAUCUCAAUCUUAAUUCAAACAAAAUGCAUUAAAAUUCAGCCUGCUCGAAUAACAGUAAUAAUGCAAUAAUGAGUCUUAGUAGUGUAAACACAAAGGAAAAAUUCAAGGAAAUAAUAGAUAAUCUUUAUGUUCCAACAGCAUCUGUUUUUAAAAAGAAGACUAAGGAGAAGGAGUUUAGAAGACCUACUUAGAAUCCAGUUAAGAGAAGCAAGUCGCAACACAGAAGCUAGUAGAGUACAAAAUCUUAGAAAAAUAAAGAAUUUGAAGAUAAAAUUAAGGAUAUUUAUCCUCUAAAUUAAAUGACAAAGACCACAAUUACGAGGACAUAAAUUUGA